AUGGCCGACAUUAUGAAGCCCGUGAAGGAUGUCAACACAGUCGUCGUAAACGAGGCAUCCUCUGGGGACAAUCGUCUAUUUAUCACUCAGCAUAUGAGCACAGAGGAGUUACGUGAGGCUGAGAAGAAGCUAAAGCAACAACAUUUAAACUGCAAAAGUGGCCGCACACAAUAUUCCACUGCUGUCGCUCUUCUCUUCGCCGGUUAUGUGUUGAUGCAGCUUCCGUCCAAUAUCUUUCUUGCCAACCUAAGGCCAUCAUGGUAUAUCCCUGGUGUUAUGGCAACCUGGGGCAUGUUAUCGGCCCUGGUUGGUGCAGUUCACAAUUCUGGGGGACUUUAUACACUUCGGUUUUUGCUGGGAUUCGUGGAAGCUGCUUUCUAUCCUGGAGCGCUAUUCCUAAUCUCCUCAUGGUACAAGCGCGAGGAGAUGGGCAUACGCAGUGCAUUUCUGUUCUCCGGAUCGCAGGUUGGCAGCGCCUUUUCCGGUCUCAUCGCAGCCGGAAUUCAACAGGGCCUAGACGGAGUCCGCGGGCUAGAGUCCUGGCGCUGGAUCUUUAUUAUAGAAGGCUCGAUCACUGUCUUCAUUGCGCUCUGCUCUAUCAUCAUCCUUCCAGAUUACCCCAGUAACACCCGCUGGCUCAGUCCCACGGAGCGAGCAGUAGUCAAAUGGCGGCUAAUCUCCGACGCUGGGCAAGUGGACGAGGAUGAUUCUGGGUGGCUAUACGGCUUCAAACAAGCGUUUGCAGACUGGCGGCUGUAUAUCUUUGCGGUGGCCCUUCUCUGCAUCCAGGUUGCCAGUGCUACAUCGAACUUUUUCCCAACUGUUGUCGAGACACUCGGAUUCAACCGUGUUGAUACACUUCUGCUAACUGUUCCGCCGUACGUUGUCAGUGUGAUCCUCAUGGUUGCCAAUAAUUGGUCUGCGGACCGGCUCGGAAAUUCUUCGUUCCACGUCAUUUGGCCCUUGGUCCUGGCCAUCGUGGGAUAUGUCAUCGCGGCUGCGUCGAUAAAUAUCGGCGCACGAUACUUUGCCAUGAUUGCCAUGGUAGCAGGUGGUCACGGUGCCAAUCCGGUAUUGGUGUCCUGGACGCAAAAGGUCAUGAUACGGCCGCGAAUAAAGCGUGCAUCGGCUGUGGCUUUUGUAAAUGCAUUUGGGAACCUUGCUCAGAUAUUCUCGUCGUACCUGUACCCCGAUAGCUCUGCCCCUCACUAUGUCAUGGCUAUGUCGGCUAAUUCUGCCUUCUGCCUUUCUGCUAUAAUUCUGGCAAUUUUCAUGCGCAUUGUCCUUCUCCGUGACAACAAACGUCUGGCGCGUGGUGAGACUACCGUCACGCAGGAGAUGAAGGGCGAAAGUCAGGCUGAGAUUAGAGGAAUAGCGGAGGAUGAGCGUCUUGUGAUGAGAGAGGGAUUCCGUUUUGUCGCGUAAUUUCGUCAAGUGAUUGGUAUGUGUAUAAGACUGGGAAUGGACUAGUACCGUG